UCCUCUCUCUUCAGAAUAACUAUCAAGCCAUUUUCUCUCUCUCUUUCUUUGCUUUCUUGAGAAGAAGAAGAGGAGAAAACAAAACAAACUAUUUGUUUCAAUAUUCUCUGAUCUUUUGCUUCUUUGCAAAAUUACCCACAAGAGGACAACAAGUCUUUCUUAGCCUAAAUAUAUACAAGUGCAUGUUCUUUACGUCUGUUUGGUGCAAAACAUACCAAACUAUUCUUUGUGGACUAUCAAAAAAUAGGUCAAAUCAAGAAUCUGCUGCUGCUUGUUUCUGCUUAAAAAUUUCUUUCUCAAAGUCAUACAUAGAGAGAAGCUAAAAUUAAGGCAAUUAUAGCUAGGUAUGUGCAGCAAGUUCCAGCUGCAAAAAACAACCAUGGAGAAUAAUUAUCAAGGUGAUUUAGCUGAUAUAUUCCUAGGUAGCAGUGGACCAAAUAUAAGUGGUGCAAAUAAUAUCACUACCACCUCUGGUGAGUCAUCAUCGACUACUGCUGCUGCUGUUACUGACAGAUGGCUAGGUCAGUUCCCUAGCCAUCCGAUAAAUUAUUCGGCCGCUGGAAUUGAAGAACCGUCCGUUCAAGAUUUUGGAGAUCCGUUUUGUAACUUGAGAGAUCCACUCUUCCAUGAUAUUGAUAUGCUGCCUGCCGGUUCCAGCUUAUUCACCUCGAACAAUGACAAUAAUAACAAUAACAAUAAUAAUAAUAAUAUUAGUCUUUUUGGACCAAAAAUUCUUGAGGAGACUGAAAUGAAAAGUCGACAAACCGGCAAUAUCUUUUCAAGGAUGCUUCAGAUCUCUCCUACUACCAAGUUGGCCGCGGCGAUGUCACCAUGUAAUUCUCCGAUGACGGGUGCCGUAGCCUUGCAACCACCCUCCACUGUUAUUGCUGGUGGUGGUGCAUUAGUUGCUAAUGAUGCAAUUAUCUCUCCUAAUUCUUCUAAAACUUGCUUAAUGGAAAACUCUGGCUUGCAGAUCUCAUCUCCGCGAAAUACGGGUAUCAAACGAAGAAAGAGUCAGGCGAAAAAGGUGGUAUGUAUACCAGCACCAGCACCAGCAAACAGCAGGCAAGGUGGAGAAAUAGUUCCAUCAGAUCUAUGGGCUUGGAGAAAGUACGGUCAGAAGCCAAUCAAAGGCUCCCCUUACCCAAGGGGCUACUAUAGAUGCAGUAGUUCCAAGGGAUGUUCAGCAAGGAAACAAGUGGAAAGGAGCAGGACAGACCCAAACAUGUUAGUCAUCACCUACACAUCAGAGCACAAUCAUCCUUGGCCAACCCAGAGAAAUUCCCUCGCUGGUUCAACCAGGUCUCAGCCUAAUAAUUCCAAACACACUACUACUUCAACCUCUAAGAACAACACUAAUUCAAAAGAUGAUCAACAAAACAAUAUUAGUACUGUUGCACAAGUGAAUAUUUCCAAAGUGAAGGAAGAGGUGGCCGAAUUACAAGACCUAAGGGAUGAUCAUCAUCAUCAGCAACUUGCUGUGGAAAUGCGUGAUGUCGAAUUCUCAAAAGACAGUUAUCAGCCAAUAUUGCCAGAUUCAUCAUCGAACCACUCUCACGAGGAUUUCUUCGCCGAUUUGGUAGAACUCGAAGCUGACCCUCUAAACCUUUUGUUCGCCAAAACUCUCUCGGGAGAUAUUAAUGAAGCGGGACAGAAGAAGACCAUUGAUGCGUUCAACUUGUACGAUUGGAGUGGAAACAACAACAAUAAGAGUCAAGCCGACCCAUAACAAGAUUCGAUCAAACACAGGAUAAAAAAGAAGCAAACUAAAUCUCACUUGGUACAUAUUCUUGACUAGUGCUAUACUUUCUUGGAAUGUCAUAAGCCAAGUAAAGAUGGAUUAAUGUCUCUUGGCUAUAAUUUUCCUCCUCUUUUUUUUUCUUUUCUUUUUCUGUUGUGCAUUAAUUUGGUGUAGCUAGCCUAGUAUUGCUGCAUACUGUACAAGUAUCACUUUUUCAUAAUCUUGUCUUCUGACUUAGCAGAACAGUGAAGAGAUUAGGAAAGGAAAAAGUAGGAAAAGGAGUGCUGGUUGAUUGGGAGCAGGGCCUACGAGAGAGAGUCCUCCAUUCCUUUUGGGAAUAUUAGUGGAUGGGACAGAAAGCUGAGGAACAGAAGGUUUCAACAGUUAAAACAAGUACAUCGUCUAUCAGAUCAGACAUGACCAGAUAGAGGCGAUUGACGUGCGAUGGAACUCCCAUCUUUUUAGUGGGAUAAAUAAUUAAAGCCUCCUCCCCUCAUUUACCAUACGCUCCAACAAAAUUUUUAAAAGCUUCUCUAUUUCCUUUCUUUCUUACUGGUUUAGCAAAAAUGUUUAUUUAGAAAGAAAGGAUCAUGCUACUAAUUAAAUAUUAAUACUGAAGUUUAAAAGGAAUUCUUCCUCUUUCGUGACAUGACAAAAGAGUUUAAGGUGGUCAUGUCUGAGGUGUUUUGAGAAGAUACGUUGACAAGAUGCAAGCUUCGGGUUCCUCAGCUUUCUGUUUGUUAAUUCCAUUAUUAUUAUUACUAUUCUAGUUGUGUUUGUUUUGGAUAUUGUAUGUAGUUUACGAAGCUUUUGAGAUAAAUUAGAAGUUUUUUGUUCA